AUGGCCUCCCAAACCCCCCUCUUCACAGUCCCCAUCGCGCCCCUCGGCGACCACGUCGGCGGCUCCAUCGUCUGCACCAGCCCGGCGCCCCUCGUCUACCUCCUGAGCUGGUCCUCGCCCCCCGACAACCGCCUCACGACGCCCUUCUGCCGCGCCCUCCUCGCCGCCCUCGACAUUGUCGAGUUCGCUCACCCCAACGGCGUCCUCGUCACCACCUCGGCCAUCCCCAAGUUCUACUCCAACGGCCUCGACCUCGACCACGCCUUCUCCACCCCCGGCUUCUGGCCCGACACCCUCUACAAGCUCUUCCACCGCUUCCUCACAUACCCCAUGCCCACCGUCGCCCUGAUCCCGGGCCACGCCUUCGCCGGCGGCUUCAUGACGGCCAUGCACCACGACUACCGCGUCAUGAACCCGCAAAAGGGCUUCCUCUGCAUGAACGAGCUCGAGUUCGGCGCCCCGCUGAAACCCCCAAUGUCCGCCAUCUUCCGCAUAAAGUGCGCCUCCCCGCGCAUCUACCAGGAGAUCGUCCUCGAGGCCAAGCGCUUCCCCGGCCCCGCCGCCCUCGAGGCCGGGCUCGUCGACGCCCUCGGCGGCCUCGACGAGGCGCUGAAGCUCAUCGCCGACCGCAAGCUGACCGAGAGGGGCAAGUCGGGCGUCUACGCCGUGCUCAAGGCCGAGAUGUGGAAGGAGAGCGCCUACGUCCUGGGCAAGGAGAACUACGAGACCACGGAGAAGAUUUGGAACGAUCGCGAGGAGCGCGAGGCGCAGCGCGUCGCGGCGGGCAAGAGGUUUGCCGCCGAGUGGAAGGCCGGCAAGGCCAAGUUGUAA